GCUUGCAAUCUGUUACGUGCAUUUCGUAACAGUGCACAGAAACUCUUGGGAACCGACAGCACAUAUUUCUCGGCAACGACGACCUGAACUGAGGAACUGAAAACGGCCACUUCGCGGACACACAAACAACACAGCUCACAAGAAGUGCGAAACAGCACAAGAAAAGUUCCCUUGCUGAGUGAAGUUCCGGAUGUCACGCGUUGAUUUGCGGCCGCCUGGCUGCUCCGGUGCCCGCAGUGUCGCGUUUGGCACCUUAACCGCACAAUGACAUGGGGGAGAGUUGCUGCGGUUUGCUCGGUUGGUUAUGACAGAGAUUGAAAUAUUUUCGACUGAGUCAUUUUACACCUUUCCCAAGGCUUCUACACACGGAGAACAUGUGUCUGUUUUGUUUUGCGUUUGACACCUAGGUUUUUUUCUAUUAUGGUUUCCGUAAACUUCCCGUAUGGAGUAGGCUUGGCCAUAGCCAGGAAUUAGGUGGGGAAAAAAACGAAAUCGAAACUUAGGCUACGCCAGUCUGAAAAUGGAGUUCAAUGGUCUGUCGCUGUCUAAAUUUACGCGAUGAACACGCUUGGAUUUUUUAUCUUUUGCGCGGCUUCCUUGGUCCUCUGUAGAGCCCUGGAGGCUCCGCCCCCUCCCUACGAUGUGGAUCUGAAGCGCACUGAAGCAAUUCUGGAGUGGAGCUCACACACACACACACACACCGCCACCUACACCGUACAGUACCGCAUAAGGGACGAUGGAGAGUGGUGUGACCUGCGGGGCUGUGUGAACACUGUGGAGGAGCAGUGUGACUUCAGUGCCAACGCUACGCAUCUCUACGGAGCGGCACUGAGAGUACACGCCCGGCAACACAACGCCUCGUCUCCAUGGCAACAGAGCCAGAAGAGGGUGGCGUGUGUUCAUACUGGUUCCUGUUCUCCAGAGGUGGUUGUCAUGGUGUCUCCUGGUUACCUGAGUGUGCUGAUGGAUGGUGAGCGCAGUGACCAGAGCCUGCAGCGCGAGUACGGAGGACACCUGCGCUAUAGCGUGCUGUACGGCAGGGAGGGACACGCCAUGGAGGUGUUCUGUGAUGGCUGUGCGUCUGCGGUGCGUGUGGAGCCGUUACCUGUAGGAGAGCGCUGGUGUGUACAGGUGCGCUACCUGCUCUACAGCCAACCACACGGCUCACUCAGCAAGCAUGUGUGCCACCUCAUCCCACAGUCAGAGAGGGAGAGGGAUCUGUAUCUGGCAGGGUCCCUUGCUGGUGUUUUCUUGUUGCUGGUGGCCCUAAGCAUCGGCUGCUACUAUUUCAUCAAGCGCCACCACACACACAUCAAGGAGUACAUCAGACCCUGUGGAAUACCUGAGCACUUUAUUCAGAUCUCACCGGGUCAGCCGCUGCUCGACCCCAGCGCAGAGCCGCAGUCACAUGACCUGAUCAGCAGCAUGGUGGAGUGCACUCAGGAAGAGGACGUGGGAGCUACCGCCCUGAGCCAAUCAGAUCAUCCCACUCCUGUGGAAGAGGAGGAGCAAGAGGAAGAGGAGGAGGAGCAGGGGGAGGAGGGGGGUGUGGGCUACAGAGACUAUGAGGGAUCUGGCUUCAGUUCCAACACAUCCAUGUGUGAGAGUCUACAGAUGUAAUGGUGUAUUUCUCUCUGUUUCAACUGAGAGUAUGUGUGUGUGUGUGUGUGUGUGUGUGUGUGUGUGUGUGUGUGUGUGUGUGUGUGUGUGUGUGUGUGUGUGUGUGUGUGUGUGUGUGUGUGUGUGUGUGUGUGUGUGUGUGUGAUGUUGUGUAGUAGGUGCCAUACUUUAUGAUUCUGGUGUAUGCGAUACACAUGCCCACUAGCAAUAAAUGUGUGAUGUGUGAAUGCUCCUGGUCUAGUCAUUAAAGGGGAAUACAGAUGUGCCAGAAGGUGUUUCAUAUGGGCGGGGUACUUACAGAUGUGAGAGGGUGUUUUAUAUGUGCGGGGUACUUACAGAUGUGAGAGGAUGGAUGGAUGGAUGGAUGGGUGGAUAGAUAGAUAGAUUGCUACCUUAGAUCAGUGGUUCUUAAAGUGGGGUUGGAAAAAAAUAUUGGCAGGGUCGUGAAAUAUUUUGCGGUCUGAAAUAAAGAUUUUUUUUCUAACAGUGAUAGAA